GAACGCAGGAAAAUCCCGGAAGAGAGGAUCAAGAGGAAAGCAAAGCAAAAGCAUUUACAGCGAUAUUAUCCCAAUGAAGAACACAUACUGAAGAUACUGAAAAUUAAUAUAGAGUUUUUUUUUGUCGAUUUUGUUGUAAGAAUUUGUCCACAAAUUUAGUUUAAUUAGAAAGAACAGACAUGGCAGAUACAUUCAGUCUUCAAAGGGUUUUGGAAACAUUCAGAUCAAGUCUGAGUGAGAAUAAGGAGGUUUACAUUAAAUAUUAUAUAGCAGGAUGGCAAGAGCUGGUCUCCUUCAUGAAUAGUUUAGGGAACGUGUUUUCCUUCAUCUCCAAGGAUGUGGUCAGCAAAAUCCAGAUCCUAGAGAACUUCCUUUCAGGAGAAAACGGAUCCUAUUAUGUCACCAUCCAGUCCAUGGUGAAGUAUGAGCUGGAUAACGACCUGGUGGACCUCACCAAAAGAGGCAGCCACCCAGAAUCCGGCUGCCGCACUCUUCUGAGGCUCCAUCGGGCUCUGCUCUGGCUGGAGCUGUUCCUGGAGAGACUGCGAACCAGCACCGAGGACGGCAAGACCUCCGUCAUGUGUUCUGAUGCCUAUAACGAGUCUCUGGCUCAGCACCACCCCUGGCUCAUCCGGAAAGCUGUCGGCGUGGCGUUCUGUGCCCUUCCAGGGCGUGACACAUUCUUUGAUGUGAUGAAUGCGGGUGAUCACACGCAGGUGGUUGCUCUGUUGGGAGAGUCUUUGCCUCUAAUUGCUGAAGUCUACCAGAUCACAGAAGACUUGUAUGUGAAAAACCACCUCCUGGAGUUACCGUAGAGGGGGGACUGAUAUGUAUUUUACUCUUUACACUAAGUAAUACAUAGUCCUUGUGGCACAUACUCACUUAUUUACUACAAACAUCGACUUGUUUGACUGUCUGCCUGUUUAAAAACCGAAGGGACAUGCAAUAUGCAGAUUUAAUGCUCAUUUUAAGCAGGGUUCUGCUCAUUUAAGCUAUCAACUACACAACAUCAAGUGGGCAUUGAAUGCUGGGUGUACUUCAAUAUAUUUGAGCUUAGGGAAUAAUAUAAAGCCAUUUAAAGGCAAAGGAUGUGUAUGAUAUAUAUUUAAAUGUGAAGUACUGUAUAUUUGAAUAUAUAGCUCUUUUUUUUCCUUGAGUGUUAAUUAUUUUAUUGGAAAUACUUUUACUUGAAUUCAUGUCGAAUGUGCGUCAUACAUCUGCAGCUUUGCUGAAACUAUAAAGGGGGAAUUUUGUAGUGAAUGUAUAAAUAGUAUGUAAUGCAAUAAUUAAAUAUAAUGUUGUGAGAAA